UCCAUUUUUUAGUAGUGAAACCCAGAACUCCUUCCCCAGACUCUCUCGCUCUCUGCAAAUCUCUAGUUUUCAUACGGAGCGGAAUUGAAUCCCGUCCUUAAUAAACGGCACGUUUGCUUUAGCAUUGACAAUGCCGAACAAGGCGAGUACGUUCCCGGAGGAAGUGCUAGAGCAUGUGCUCUCGUUUAUUACAAACGACAAAGACAGGAACGCCGUAUCGGUGGUGUGCAAGUCGUGGUACGAGAUAGAGCGGUGGUGUAGGAAGAGAAUAUUUGUUGGUAACUGUUAUGCGGUGAGGCCUGAUAUGGUUAUAAGGAGGUUUCCGGAGCUAAGAUCGGUGGAGCUCAAAGGGAAGCCACACUUUGCGGACUUUAAUUUGGUGCCUGACGGUUGGGGAGGUUACUUUUACCCAUGGAUAGCGGCGUUGGCUACCGCCUAUCCUUGGUUGGAAGAGAUUAGGUUGAAGAGGAUGGUGAUUUCCGACGAGAGUUUGGAGGUUAUUGCUAAGAGUUUUAAAAAUUUUAAGGUUUUGGUGCUUUCGUCUUGUGAGGGUUUCUCUACGGAUGGACUUUCUGCCAUUGCAGCCGAUUGCAGGAAUCUGAGGGAGCUGGAUUUGCGAGAGAGUGAGGUGGAUGAUCCAAGUGGGCAGUGGUUGAACAGUUUUCCUGACUCGUUUACAUCACUGGUCUCUCUUAAUAUCUCCUGCUUAGGGGCUGAGCUGAGUUUCUCAGCUCUGGAGCGCCUGGUUGGCCAUUGUCCUGAUCUGAAGACUCUUCAGCUCAACCAUGCUGUGCCCGUUGAGAGGCUUGCUAAACUUAUUCGCCAAGCACCACAACUGGUUGAAUUGGGCACAGGUGAUUUCUCGGCUAAGUUGCAGCCUGAAAUCUUCUCAAACCUGGCUGGAGCUUUUUCUGCGUGUAAAGAACGUCUGAGGAGUCUAUCUGGGUUUUGGGAUGUAAAUCCAGCUUACCUCCCAGCAGUUUAUCCUGUCUGUUCUGGCUUAACAUCACUGAACUUGAGAUAUGCCAAUAUACAAAGCGCUGAUCUCAUUAAACUUGUCAGUCAAUGCCCGAAUCUGCACCGUUUAUGGGUGCUGGAUUACAUUGAAGACGUUGGACUUGAAGCUCUUGCAGCAUGUUGCAAGGACCUGACAGAGUUGAGGGUGUUUCCAUCUGACCCAUUUGCUGCAGAACCAAAUGUAUCCUUGACAGAAAGGGGCCUUGUCUCUGUCUCUGAAGGCUGUCCUAAGCUUCAGUCAGUUCUGUACUUUUGCCGUCAAAUGACUAAUGCUGCUCUAGUUACAGUAGCAAAGAACCGUCCAAGCAUGACCUGCUUCCGUCUUUGUAUUAUUGAACCUCAGGCUGCUGAUUACCAAACACUUCAGCCUCUGGAUUUGGGUUUUGGAGCCAUUGUUGAAAACUACAAGGAUCUCCGGCGUCUUUCCCUCUCAGGUCUACUGACUGAUCGUGUAUUUGAGUACAUUGGAACUUAUGGAAAAAAAAUAGAGAUGCUAUCUGUGGCAUUUGCUGGCGAUAGUGAUCUGGGACUCCACCAUGUGCUGUCUGGGUGUGAAAGGCUUUGCAAACUUGAAAUUAGGGACUGUUCCUUUGGGGAUAAGGCUCUUUUGGCCAAUGCUGCAAAGCUGGAGACAAUGCGAUCCCUUUGGAUGUCUUCUUGCUCAGUGAGUUUUGGAGCAUGUAAGCUGCUAGGUCAGAAGAUGCCUAGGCUCAAUGUUGAAGUUAUUGAUGAGAGGGGACCUCCAGAAUCGAGGCCGGAAAGCUGCCCUGUUGAGAAGCUUUACAUAUACAGAACCAUUGCAGGACCUAGGCUUGACAUGCCUGGAUUUGUUAGGACUAUGGAUGCAGAUUCUGUGUCAAGGUUUUCUUGACAGGUCUUCAUACUUCAUUACAGAUCAAGACCCCUGCCUGUAGUGAAUGGACACUGCAGGUACAUGCUCUAAAUGCUACUCAUUAUUUGAAAGGUAUACUGAGCCUCAAGAGCUCAUUGCCGGAUUAUUUUAUGGUUGACUGAGCUAUUGGAUGCCUCAUAAAGGUUAAUAAAGAGAUGAUAAUUUUGUGAUUAUUUUAGUAUAUCAUGUAUCAAUCAGUGUUAAAAUGGGAUGGUGAUCGUGUAUAAUUUUUGCAUCUUGAUGCAUUUAUUACCUUUUGGGACUCAUUUGUGUCGUUGUUCUACUGCCCUAGUAAUGAAGUCUAAUAUUCUCAAA